AAUAGAAAUCGGAGGAAGAUUUGCUCGUCCGGUAUUAUCUUCCCCUAUCGGGCACGCGAGGGGUGAAGUCGUCAGAGCGAGGGAGGUUGCAUCCGAUCGCCCCUCCACGUUGCGACAGAUCGAUUAGGUUUUCGAUCCGUAUCGGCCUGCCGGAUAAUCCUCGAUCUCUGCGCCAAAUCGAAUUCGGCGGGUGGAGGAUGCACGCCAAGUCGAAGAUCUCGGAGCUGCUCCCCAGGAGCUUCAAGCCGGUGAAAUGCAAGACGUCGCUGAAGCUCGCGGUGUCUCGGAUGAAGCUGCUCAAGAACAAGAGGGAGGCCUCGGUGAGGCAGAUGCGGCGGGAUUUGGCUCAGCUCCUGGAGAGCGGCCAGGAACAAACCGCUCGGAUUCGGGUAGAACAUGUUAUCAGGGAAGAGAAAACUAUGUCAGCAUAUGAUCUCAUUCAGAUAUACUGUGAACUUAUCGAAUCACGUUUGCCUAUAAUUGAGUCACAAAAGAACUGCCCCAUAGAUCUGAAGGAAGCAAUAUCUAGUGUGAUAUUUGCAUCCCCAAGAUGUGCAGACAUUCCAGAACUUAUGGAUAUUCGCAAACAAUUUCAAGCAAAGUACGGUAAAGAUUUUGUUACUGCUGCUAUUGAAGUUCGACCAGAAUGUGGAGUUAGCCGCAUGAUGGUUGAGAAAUUGUCAGCAAAAGCUCCUGAUGUUCAGAUUAAAAUCAAAGUCUUGAAUGAAGUUGCUAAAGAACAUGAUGUCAAAUGGGAUUCAAAAGCAUUUGAAGAGCAAGUCCAGAAGCCUAAAGAUGACCUUCUGGAUGGCCCAUCCUCUUUUAUUGCCGCUGAGAAGAUGACAAUCAAAUCCUCUGAUGUCAAGCCAUCAUCCGUUAAUAGUUGGGACAAUGAAUCAACCAUCAAGGUGUCUCACAAUAGAAAGGCGAGCGAACCAAAAGAGACUAUGCCUGAUCUGCAAGAGGUCAAAUCAGCAUAUGUGAAGGGGGAGAGUGCUUCGGUGCAUCGCUCAAAUUGGAAAAUGGAAUUUAAGGAUGCAACUUCCGCUGCUGAGGCAGCUGCUGAAUCUGCUGAAAGGGCUAGCAUGGCAGCUAGAGCUGCUGCUGAACUAGCAAGUCGCGGGAGUAUUUCUCGACAACCUUCUAGUGGAUCAUAUAAGUCAUCUGCACAUGUCAUCAAAAGUGAAGGGCCUGGGUCAGGAAAAAGUUCAUAUCGAGGGAGUAACUACAUUGUAGGAGGAUCAUUAACCGAGGAGGAUGAUAAAAGUCAAAGGCUUCAGUUUGUGAAACCAAAGGUGCAAACUCCGCAGAAAGAUGACAUGGUACAAACCAGCACAUUUACUGAAGAUAAAACCUUAAACAGUAAUCAUAUAGCUGGAGAUGAUUUAGUGUCAGAAAAGUCUCAAUUUAGUGGUUCGUCAUUCAGAGAUGUGGUGUCAGAAAUUGAUGGUCGAGAAUCUAAUGCCAAGUCAUAUGAUAAUUCUGAGAAAAGCUUCUCUGAUCCAGAAUCUGAAUCUAAGAAUUUAAAGAAUGAUGAAAAUGAGAAUUAUGAUCCAAGAGACAACAUAUUAGCUUCUUCUGUUUAUUCUAGUACCUUUGAUGAUUAUACAACUACGGAUGACCACGAGAAUAACACCAGAGGUGAUAUUUCUGAUGUAGUUUAUGACAACUAUGAUUAUGAUACUGAUGAUCACUCCUUCCUUAAGAGGCACAGUGAAGAAAAUAUGUUGGAUUCAUUUUUUCAACAACCAAGAGAAGAAUCUUCUAGUUUCUCAUUGAACAUGGACUCUUUUAGCAACAAGGAACACACUAGCGGAUCUCUAAAUAAUGAAAGCAGAUCACAGCUGCAUUCUUGGAGAGAAUCUGAUAGAACCGAUUAUUCAGAAUCAACCAGAAAGGCUAACCUCCAUUCAGAUUCUGAUGACUAUCUACCUCCAAAGUUUGACUCCCCAAAAUAUGACUCUGAAGAUCCUGGUUCUGAGAGUGAAGAUGAGUUAGAGAAAUCGAAGCAUGUGACAGAUAUGAGACCAAGCAGUUUUCUGCACACCGACACCAGCUCCAGGAAAGGCUCAAUAACAUCACAGCAUGGUAACAGAACAUAUCUCAUGGACGAUACCGUGGAAGUUGAUGAAGGUAACGGGAGUUCUCCACCAGCUGUCCUUCCUAGUGCCAAGAAAUUUGAAGUGGAACCAAGCCCUAAUGAGGAAAGUUGGAGAUCUGGCCUUAGUGUGCAUAAAAACCAGCAAACACAAAGAAAUAGCAUAUCUCCUAACUAUAAUCAUAUAGGAACAGAAGAAGAGCUGGAUGAAAGAUAUGGAAGUGAGGUCUUGAACUUUGGAAGAUUAACUGGUGGAUUGAGAAAUAGAGGCUACACUCGUACACCCUAUUUAAGAAACACCAGUACUGAUGCUUCGCCCAGGUUGAAAACAAAUUCAGAUGAUAUUUCUCUCACGAAUGAGGAAGAAAUUUCUUUUGGUAUGUCCAGGUUCUCAAGUAUUGAAGUUACAAAUGAAGAAAAACCUAGUAAAGAUGUACAUGCAAAUGCUUUCAGGCCUAAGAUGAGAGCUUCAAAAGCUAAGACCGACACAGAUCUUGAAGAUGGAGGACAAGUUGCAAAUUAUGAUGUUGGGCAUAAAGGAUCAAUGUCUGGAGGUUCAUUAACCUCUUUGAACAGUGCAAUAGAUGAUACAUCUGAAGAUUUUGAAGAUCCAGUUCAUGAGUCAUAUGUCCGACUACAACAAAGGAAAGAGUACAGGGAAUCGAUCUUAAGAUCCUCAUACGUAAACCCAAGUGUAGAUAGCAAGGAAGAGCACAUUUCUACUGCUGGGAAUAGACAGCGGAGAGACAGUAGCAUUUCAACUCCUAAAAGCCAGAAGUUGAAUAUUGUCACUUCCAUGGAGAAGUCAACUGUAAACCACCCAAACAAGACACUGCUGAGCUCUGAAGUUCUGGAUCAGGGACUCGAUAAUCAGAAAUCACGUGUCAAAGCAUAUACUGAGACAAGCUCCAGAAUGCCAAUCAAUUACUCUAGCAUAGAUGACAAUGAGGCAGAGGAACUAGCACCACGAACCACUUACGUGCGAGGAGGCAGUAAUGAUGUUAAGCUUUCUCGAAGAACAAGGCCUACAUCACCAGUUGUUAAAGAAGAUAAAGUUCCUAGAACCUCUGACCAGUCUGCUACGAGCAUGGUAAAGGAAUCCAAGUCUUCUCGGCUAAGUUCUGCAACUGAAUCUUUUUCUGGCACAACAAAGCACACCAGAGAUUUGGAUCACAGAGAGAAUUCCAAGCCUCGGCUACCGCACUCAUUGGCUGAAGAAACUUCACCAAAACACUUACUGGCCGAAUCAUCUACAGGUAAGAGAAAUCCAAACGUAUCACAAGAUGAGCGGAGACAGUCUUCUGUUAAAGAAAACAAUGAGAAACCUACGUCAUCAAGCUCAAGCGAGAAGCCAACUUCACGGGAAAGUUCUUUCAAAAAUGCUUCUCAUGUUCAUCCGAAACUUCCUGAUUAUGACUCUAUAGCUGCUCAUUUUCAGUCACUAAGAGCCAACGUACGCAAAAAGUAGUUAAAACUGUUCUUUUUUGUUCCUCUUUUUGAUUGCACAUACAUAUAGUGUUGUCAAAAAUAAGUAGGCAGUUCAUGCUACUGGUUAUGUGGUGCAGUGGUUUAUUGACUGCAAGUUUAUUUGAUUGUUUUCUAUAUCUGUCGUUGAUUAAGAUUCUGUAAGUUACCAAACAAAAGUGAUGUAAUUAAUAUAUGAGAGGGAUAGGACUGGGUUCGAUGUUCUA